UACACAAACCUCUACUCUACUAUCAUUUGUCGCGCCGUGCCUCCCUCAUUCUUCUUAAACCCUAAAAAACCAGCAAACGAAUAAGACAGUGUUGAAGGUUUAGCAGCUUCUUCUUCAACCAUCAUAUCAUCAAUGGAGGAAGCAAGAGUAUCAAAAAACUUCCCAGUUAAACCAAAACUCAAAACCAAACCAAGAACACAAUCCCAAACCUCUGAAUCCAAAUACUGGUCUUCCUUCAAAACCCAACAAAUCCCUAAACAAUUCUCUAUCCCUUCCAUCACCUUCUCCCCAAAUCCACCCUAUUCCUUCGCCGCCGCUAAUUCAGCCUCUCUCUCCAUCUUCAGCUCUCAAACUCUUUCCCAAACCGCCACCAUCUCCUCCUUCUCCGACACUGUUUCCUCCGUCUCUUUCCGUAACGAUGCUCGUCUCGUCGCCGCUUCAGACCUCUCAGGUUUUAUCCAAAUCUUUGAUGUCAAAACACGUACCCGUCUCCGUCGUCUUAGUUCAAACAAUCGUCCUGUUAGGUUUGUUCAUUAUCCGCGUCAUGAUAAGUUGCAUUUAGUUUCUGGCAGUGAUGAUGCUGUUGUUAGGUAUUGGGAUGUUGCUGAGGAAACUCCGUUCAUGGUGUUUCGUGGCCAUAAGGAUUAUGUUAGGUGUGGUGAUUCGUCGCCGGUUAGUUCUGAUAGUUUUGUUACUGGCUCUUAUGAUCAUUUUGUGAAAGUUUGGGAUGUUAGGGUUAGAGGUGAGACGAAUUCGGUGAUGGAUUUUAAUCAUGGUUGUCCUGUGGAGGAUGUUGUUUAUUUGCCGGGUGGUGGGAUGAUUGCAACUGCUGGUGGGAAUGCGGUCAAGAUUUGGGAUUUGAUUGGUGGUGGGAGGCUUGUGUAUUCCAUGGAGAGUCAUAAUAAGACAGUGACGAAGAUUUGUGUUGGGAGGAUUGGGAAGGAUUCGGGGGAUGAGUCAGAUCAGUAUAGGAUUAUGAGUGUUGGUUUGGAUGGUUAUUUUAAGGUGUUUGAUUAUGGGAAUAUGAAGGUUACUUAUUCGAUGAGGUAUCCUGCGCCGCUUUUGUCUGUUGGAUAUUCCCCGGAUUGUUCUACGAGGGUGAUUGGAACUUCGAAUGGGAUAAUUUAUGCUGCGAAGAGGAAGGUGAAGGUGGAUGAGAAGGAAGUUGGCGUGAGUGAGGCUAGUUCGUUUUGGAGAAUUAGGCCGGUGGAGGAUACUGAGAAGAAGGUUUUGAAAACUACUAACUUUAGGUAUUUUCAAAGAGGGCAAGGAGAGAAACCGUCUGAGGGUGAUUACUUGGUUAUGAAGCCAAAGAAGGUGAAGUUGACUGCACAUGAUAAGCUUUUGAAUAAGUUUAGGCAUGGUGAGGCUCUUGUGUGCGUGUUGGAAGGUAAAAAUCCGGGGCAUGUGGUUGCUGUGAUGGAGGAAUUGGUGUCUAGAAAGAAGUUGUUGAGGUGUGUUUCUGAUUUGGAUUUGGAGAAACUGGAACUGCUUUUGGCUUUCUUGCAUAAGUAUUGUACUGUGCCCAAGUAUUCUAGUUUGUUAAUGGGAUUGGCUAAUAAGGUUAUUGAAAUGAGGGCUGAUGAUAUUAAGAAUUCUGAAGUUCUCAAGAAGCAUAUAAGAAAUCUCAAGAGCACUGUCGAGGCAGAGAUUCGGAUUCAACAGUCGUUGCAAGAGAUACAAGGGAUAAUUUCUCCUUUGUUGAGAAUUGCUGGAAGAAGAUGAAGUUUUGGCCUUCUGUCCUCAUAUGCGAGGUGUUUUUGUUCACUUAUUGUGUGUUAUUUUAGUGUUGUCUUUGUUUUUGUGGUUUAAGGAAAUUUCAGUUUUAGAAUUUUUGUGUGCCUUGUAAAGCACCCGGAAAAGUUAUGGCUAAUUUUUGAGUUGUUCUCUACUUGCUUAGUUACUCUUUCAUCUAUUGUCUCAUAUGUUAUCUCCAUAUAGUUUUGUUGUGUACGUUAUCCAUCUGAAAUUGCAUAUGUCUCAUAUGACAAGUCUUUUU